AUGGCCUGUACAAGCAGGAUGGAGGAAUGCGAGAGGGUGGUGGACGUAGCGGUGGUAGGAGGGGGACUCUCCGGCCUGACCGUUGUGCAUCGACUUGGAAGCAAGUGCUCGUGGGUGCUGGUUGAAGGAAGCAGCAGGCUGGGAGGAAGGCUCAAGAACAGUGAGAGCGGAGUGGACCUGGGAGGAGCAUGGAUUUGGCCAGAGUUCGGGCAGCGCAAAAUAGCAGAGUUGCUGAGGGAGCUCAAUAUCGGCACAUUCAGACAGCCCGACGACGAGUCGUCGACGAGGAUAGCAGGAGGAGCGUACAAGGCGAUCGAGGAGCUGGCCAAGAAGCUGCCGCAGGACAGGAUCGUGAUGAACUUCGAUGUGACCAGUUGCGCAAAGGAGAAGAGGGAGCAGGGAGAGGACCGAGAGCUGGUGAAGAUCUCGUCUUCGAGCGGGCAGUCUGUCCUUGCUCGCAGAGUUGUGUUUGCUGCCCCUCCAAGGAUUUUGAUCUCUCGCGUUCAGUUCGACCCUCCUCUCUCCAACUCUCGGCGCAGGGCCAUGGAGGAGUGCAGGACAUGGAUGGCCGGCGUUACCAAGGUCGCCUUGGAGUACGACAAGAGGGUCUACGACGGCAGCACACAUGGCGAUAAGCUGAUCGCCCUCACCUUCUUCGCGUUGGCCCCGAGGGACUUGAAGGAGGAGGAGCUCGCGCGCCUCUGCGUCGAACAGCUGAGAGGGCAUUGGAAGAUGAUGGGGCUGCAGCAAGACUCCUCAGCGCUGCAGAAGUUCAAGCGAGUGACUGUGCAGCGAUGGCCGGAGGAGGAGCUGAUUAGCGACGAGAUCGAUCCGCAGCAGAUUCAUCCCCAUCCUACUCCUUUCCCUCCUCUUGCCCGUAGCGACUGGGACGGAAAGCUCCUCUUCGCCUCCACUGAAGCUGAUCUCGAAAGCCCCGGAGUCAUGGAAGGAGCUGUGGGAGCUGCCCUGAGAGUUUGCAAGGAGUUGGGAUACUAA